AGGGGCAAACAAGCCAGUUAAGAGAGAGAGAGAGAGAGAGAGAGAGAGAGAAUCCGAGCUGAACGAACUGAACGUUGUUUUCUGACUCUGAGUUGACACGUCAAAAUAAGUUUAUGACAUUUGUCUGAACUUAAACGUAUACAGAUUUGAGAGAGAGAGAGCUGAUGAUCCUCAAUGGCAAGAUUUAAGGAUCUAAUUCUAAAUCGGGAGAAAGGAUAACGGAUUUAUCAGAUUGAUAGGAUCGUAAAUAAUGGCUGCAUCAGGAAUCAAAUUUAAUGCGAAAGUGAAAGCCAACCAAGAUGGAUCUUCCAAGGGCAAGGCGAUUCAAUCAAUUAACAAGAAAAAGAUUGAGAUCUCAAGCAAACAAAUGGUUGAUUCUAAGAAUAAAUCUUCCUUCACUGCUAGAAAACCAGAGGUGAAGGGGAAAUCAACAUCGAAUUCAUCGAAAUCAGUUACCAAGACCACAACAACUGUUAAAGCGAAAGUGAAAAAAGUUUACACUUUAGCCGGCCAGAGAUAUGAUCCUCCUGAAGAGAGGGAACCCCUCAGGAUAUUCUAUGAGUCCUUGUCGAAACAGAUACCUUCAAGUGAAAUGGCUGAAUUCUGGAUGAUGGAACAUGGCUUGCUGUCUCCUGAAAGAUCGAAAAAAGCCUAUGAGAGAAAGAAAAAGAGGCAACAACAAAUAAUGACGGGAACUCCCGUUAAGCCUCCGCAACUGAAUAAACAAGAAAGCUCGCAAAAGCAGCAGCAGGCCUCAAAGAGCAGUGACUUAAAAGUCAAGAAAAGAAUAAUGACCGAGAGAAAUGAUGACGACGACUUCAUUGUGAAGUAUAAGAAAGCAAAGGGAUGAGAAAACCAAAUUUAAGACUUAUCCUUGGUUUCUAGCAAUGUAAGGCUAAUUUUUUUUUUCUAGACUAGCAGAAAAAAUUGGUUUAGAUUCAACAUACAACUUGAACAGAUGAACUGCCAAAAGGCAAUCCUUUUUAGACAUCCAUCUACAAAAUGGUAGAUCCAGACAUUCAUUGUACCUUCUAAGGGGAAAUAAAUAUAAAUAUAUAUAAGCAGAUGAAAUUUGGAUUCUUCUUCA